CGGGAGCACAGGGGAGGGGAGCUGAGCUCGGUACGCGCAGGGCGGCCGGAGCAGCAUGGCGGAAGACGAGAGCGAUCAGGAGUCAGAGAGGCUCGGCGAGGAACUCGAGGCCAUUGCCGGGCCGCGGCUUCCCACUGGCUUGUCCCCGGCCUUGAGCAGCCAGUAUUAUUGCUACCGCUUCUGCCAGGUUGUGGAAGACUAUGCUGGAAGAUGGCAGGUUCCUCUGCCACAGCUUCAAGUGCUUCAGACAGCGCUCUGUUGUUUCACAUCUGCUUGUGUAUCAUUCCCAACUGAUUGUGAGCACGUGCAGUAUGUGCUGAGUAGCUUAGCCUUGAGUUUUUUUGAAUUGCUGCUCUUCUUUGGAAAGGAUGAAUUCUAUGAAGAUCCUUUAAAAGAUAUGCUGGGCUCAAUCCAGGAAUGUCAGAACCUCUUGAGCAGAUACGGAAGCGUUAACUUGGAGUUGGUGACUCGAAUUAUCAGAGAUGGAGGGCCUUGGGAAGAUCCUGUAUUACAAGCUGUCCUUAAAGCAAAGCCAGUUUCUCAGGAGUUGGUUAACAAAUAUUUAAGCUCUGAAAACCCGCUGUUCUUUGAAUUGCGUGCCAGAUACCUUAUUGCUUGUGAACGCAUCCCAGAGGCAAUGGCUCUAAUCAAAUCUUGCAUGAAUCAUCCAGAUAUUAGUAAAGACCUUUACUUCCAUCAAGCAUUUUUCAUGUGUCUUUAUAUGUCACCACUGGAAGACCAGCUUUUUCAGGAGCACUUGCUGAGGACUGAUUGCAAGAAUGGCACUGAAAUCAUCUGCAACAUUGCAAAGGAGGGGAAGACUGCCUUGGCCUUGUACCUUUGUGAAUCAUUCCUUAUUCCACAGCUCAAAAAAGGAGAGAUGUAUUGCAUAUGGGAGCUGAUCUUUGUUUGGAGUAAACUGCAGCUUAAAUCUAAUCCAUCAAAACAAGUGUUUGUAGAGCAAUGCUACCACCUCCUAAGGAUAGCUACAAACAUAAGAGUUAUAUUCCCUUUCAUGAAAGUUAUUAGGGAUGAAGUUGGCAAAGAAGGCCUGCAGAUUUGUGUUGAGAUAUGUGGGAGUGCUCUCCAGUUGGAUCUCCGUGAUGAUCCAAAAAUGAAGUGUCUGAUAUAUAAAACCAUUGCUCACUUUUUGCCAAAUGACUUGGAGAUUGUCAGAAUAUGUGCUCUUUCUGUCUUUUUCCUUGAGCGCACCUUGGAAUCAUAUAGCACAGUUGAACAUCUGUAUAAAUGUGCGGAUGAAGAAUACAAUGAUCAGACCAGUUCUGUUCAGAAUCGUGUGCGUUUUGAGCUGCUUCCAAUUUUGAAAAAGGGGUUGUUCUUUGAUCCUGAGUUCUGGAAUUUCUUGAUGAUCAAGCAGAACUGUUUAGCACUGCUAAAGGAGAAAGCAUCAGUUGAUUUGAAUAAAACUACGCCAGGACAUUCUUCUGCACAUGUUUCGAAGACACGUCGAGGAUUGCGUGGUGAUCAAGCCUGUAUAGCUGAUGUAAACAAUACAGAACUAGAGCAUGAUGACCCUUCUGGAGCACAUGAUAAUUCCAAGAAAAACCAUAUAACUCUCGGUUCAUCUAAAGUCGAUCACAAUGUUCCAAGGCACCGUUGUGUGUUAUGUAACAGGGAAUUUCUUGGUGGUCACAUUGUGAGGCACGCACAAGCUCAUCAGAAAAAAGGCAGUUUUUCCUGUGUAAUGUGUCGCAGGAAAUUCAGGCAAAAAGGAGUAAUGCUCAAGCACUUAAAGAAUCACAUCAAGAAAAUGACAAGGCGUCACCUUGCUGUUACUUGUCAUGAUCAGGAAACCCCUAAUGUAAAUGAAAUAAAAUGUGCCGAUACAGGUGUCACAACUGAAAAUGGGAAGUCGGAAAGCUGCAUAGAUAGCAAAGUAGAGGUUGUCAUCAUACCGGAUACAAAUCAGGAGAUGCAAAAUUCUGAACUCCCAUUUGAUAUAACUGAAAAUCAUGAUAGUUGCCAGGGCACCAUUAUUGAAAAUGGUAGUUGUGAUAGCAGUUCAAAUAAUAUUCCUGAACCAGAAACCAUGGGAGGAUUUCCAGAAAGUGAUAGCAACCUAAAUAAAGAGUUGCCUAUACUUCAUAAAGUAAAUGGGGUGUUAUGCCCUCAGAAUGACUUUGAUAUUAUGGACCAAGCAGGUAACUUCAAGUGUCCUGCUAAUGGCUGUAUUAGAGUCUUUAAAAAGAUAAGAUUUCUGAAUAAACAUGCCCGGAAAGCUCACCCCUCUGAUUUGAAGGUGCAAGAACACAUAAUGAAGUCUAAUAAAGGAAAAUGUCGCUUCUGUCAGAGAAAGUUUUUUGAUUCUCAACAUUUUAUUGAUCAUCUAAAGCAGCACGUUUAUCCAAAUGUUUAUUUUUGUUUACACUUUAACUGUAAUCAGAGAUUUAAGCUAUCCACAGAACUUGCGGAGCAUAUAAAAAGUCACAGUGAGUUUAAAGCUCAGUGUAACUUUGCACAGUGCGGUAAGCUUUUUGAAGAUCUUUCGUUGCUGUAUGAGCAUGAAGCUCAGCAUUAUUCCAACAAAACUGGUCCUUUGGAAGAAACUGAUGAAAUCAAUUCUUCAGAUACUACUUUGGAAUCCCAGUGUAGCAUCCAGGAAAAAGAAAGUAGUAAUAGUAAAAAGGAGACUGCAAUAGACUUGCCAGUUCCAACAUGGAAAGCAAGAAAAGAUUCUACAGAACCAAAGACUUACAUUCAGAGUGAGAAGAAAAUUAAUAGUGUAAUUCCGAAUGGGAAUGAAAAUGCAUGUGAAGGUACUGCUACAGUGGUGAACUUGAUAGACCAAAAGAUACCUGCGGUAGAGCCAAAUUCAGAGAACUGUAAUGUUACUGACCAACUAGUCAAUGGGUAUGGUGAACUGGAACAGACUUCUUCAGCAUCCCUAGAUACUGAUUCAGAAAGUGUGGUUGACAAAACAAGGGCAGAAAAUGGAUCCGUUCUGCCUGUUUUACAGAACUCUCCUGAUACACCACCAAACAGUGUUGCUACAGUCUCUCAGUUGCCUUCAAAACCAAAUCUGAUAACAGAAAAUACUUCAUAUGGCUUAAUUUCAACAAAGCCUUUUGUUAGACCAUUGCCGCCAAGUUACCUGGAUGAGCGAUACAUUAGCAUGCCAAAACGUAGAAAAACUUUGACUGACAAAGUAGAUACCCAUUCAGAACAAGAUAAAACUAGUAGCAAAUCGGAAAGGUUAAGAUGCAGCAAAUGCCUGACCACCUACUGUAACUCAGAAGCACUUGAGCUUCACCUUGCACAAAAGAAAUGUCGGACACUCUUUGGAUUCGAUUCAGAUGAUGAAAGUGCCUGAUCAAAUGUUGUGAGAAGAUUUCUCAGUGAAGAGUGAUGUGGUGGAGCACUACAAUAUUCUGCAUCAGUUAUCUUUCCCUUGUUGGCCUUAAUUAUAAAGAAGUCUGAAGUUACUAAAGAAAAUCAUUAUCUUGCUCAGUCAAAGUACACUUGGGUCAGAUCUAAGUGACUGUAGGAACUGCAGAAUUUGAGUCCAGAAAAACUGUGUUAAAGCCCCCAAAGUACCAGUAAUCUAGAAGCCACAAGGUCCUACAUGAAGUUCCAGUGUAAGUAAGUUCAAAGUGCAGUAACAUACUGAGUGGGAACUAGGGAGAAACACAAGUGGUACAUGCCUCUUUCAGAUGUGCACAGUCAAAGGAAGCCUGUCUAUAUUAUAACAACUAUUUUGAGUCAUUCUAUUAAAUGUCCGUAUGCAUAAAACCCAGUCAAUUAAAAGUUGAUCUGUUUGUAGAGGUUGAUUAUUCUUAGCAUUGGCAUUUGGCUUAUAUUGUACUGUACAGUACUUUGGAAAGAGAACCCGUGAAUGUAACAGAAGAUGAUAACAUGGCCAUAUCCUGGUAAAAAUGUUAAGGCAUACAAAACAUGGAAGCGUCUUAUAUUUCAAACACAAGUAAUUAAACUUCUUUCAAAUGCUGCAACUUUCUUUUUUCCCCUUCAAUACCUGACCCAUAGAUGAUAUCUAUAAAGAAUGCAGGCAAAGUGAAAAUCAUUUAAGUACAGUGUUGGAUACAUAUGCUAUUGAAGGCAGCUGAACUUCACCUGGAAUAUAAAAUGAUUUUUUUAUUCGAAGUAUAGUUAUUAUGUUGGUAUGGUUGAUAUCUUGAAAGACCAGUUUCCUCUACAAAAUGAGCUACUUUGUUGUUGCUUUUUAAAAAAGAGGUACAGUUCCAACUUUUCUAGAGUCCCACAGGAUUCAAAGUAGAUUGUCAAUCCUAGGAAUAAAAGCACUUGGCAAAAUAACUUCAUACCUGGUUAAAUGAAUAUACCCAUAUUGUAAUCAAUAUAGGAAGAUAUAAUUAUCUUUAUGAAACAGUUGCUUUUUCUGAAAGAUUAUUGAAAUGUAUUUCUUUACAAAAUUUGUGGUAAAAUUUUUAGGACUCACUGUUUCUUUAGCUAACUGAAUGCCUGUAAGGACAAUUUGCACUGUGCCUUGAGAGGUGAAGCUUUAACCAACCUCAUUCACAACAUAGUAUAUGUAAAGACAGAGCAUUCAGAUACAAAAGAAGAUCCAAACAAAUAUUUUCUUGAAUAAAUCAAUAUGCAAUUUUUUCAUUUCAUGAAAGGUCACAUGUCAAGAGACUUUGCUAACCACAGAUAUUUUGGAUACAUUAAUCUGGGUGGAAUAGUAUGUUUCAAAGUAUUGAAUGAUGGUGUGUGAGUUACAUUUCAACUUGUUGAUCAGGUUCACGUAGUUACCUCUUCUCAUCCAUAAAACAGGGGUAUUUCAGUGUUAAAAACAAAACCUUCAUAAUCAAAUAUAGCCAAAUUGGGGGUGGGGGUGGAAUUUGAUCUCACACAAACGUGCUUGUACCCUAAAACUAUCAUUUAGUGUAUUGGACACCAAAGUAUGUGUUUAACCUUUGCAUGCAUUUGAGGUUAUUGACUUGGAUCCAGAUUUUUGUUGAGCCAUAGGUAUUACUUAAUCUACACUUAUUAAUUGCCUUCUAAACCACCAUCUCAGUGGUUUACACAGAAUAAUUUAAAAUGGUUAAAAACACAAAAACAGAAAAUACAGUUAAGACAAUACUGAAACCCUAACAAGUGGACCCUCAUAGCAUAGCUCCAGCUGAGAGAAAAAUGGCUUCUGCCGUUUCUGGUAAGUGCAGAUAGCGGCCACCUGUCAUAUCUCAACAGGAAUACUGUUUCACAUUAAGAGCUGCUCUGAGUUAAUGUGGAGCAGGCUUCUGAAAUCUUUGGAACUUGUAGGAGGAACUCUGAGGCAGUUUCUCAAGUAACCUGGUCCUGAGCUGCAUAGGGACUUGUAUGUCAAUACCAACACUUUGAACUUGGCAGCAAUUGGCAGCCAGUGCAAAUAUCGCAAGCAAGGUGUUUAUAUGCUGGUGAUGGUUCCCCCCCCCCACAAAUAACCUAGCUGUCACAUUCUGCUCCAGCCUUCCAGAUCAACCUCUAGGGUAGUCCCACAUAGAGUACAUUGCAGAAAUCCCAACUGUGGAGUUACCAAUGUAAGGUAGCUGCAAUGGGAAAAGGGAUUGGUGACAAUUGCCUACUUUUCCUUCUGCCAGUGGGAACUCUGGAUCAGAGGUCUUUGAAGGAACCGUUUUGCAGAAGGCUUGGUUUGUAUUCUGCCCACUGUCAAAGCUGCUCUAGACUAUACUAAAAUAGCAAAAUUCAGUCCCAAUAUAAUCCAAAUUAUAAUAGCAGAUUUCUGUUGAUGUAUAAAUUAUGAAAUAUUACUUUGCAUGGAAAUAACUCUCAUAGCACAUUACACAAAUGUCAUACCUGGGUUCCCUGCUUUUUACCACUUACAUGUCCAAUAUAACUUUUUUUGUUUGUUUCUGUGUACCCUGGCACCCGUGUUUAGUAGUUUACAUUAAAUGGGAGUCAUUAACAAAUUUUGGAAUUUAACUGUGAUUUAGUUGGAUUCUGCUUGAUACCAUUACUAGAUUAGUAAAUAUUUUUUCCCUAUCAUUGCAAUAUUAAAAGUGAAAGUUCUCAUAAAUGACAUUUAAUUUGGUGGAUUUCUGUCAAAAUGAAGAUAAUGACCAAGGAACAUAGCAAGAGUCCACAAGAGGUUGUUUUUCAGCAGCUGGUAAUUCAGAAACAUGUUGCCUUUGAUUCUGGACAUGGUAUAUAGCCAUCAUGACUACUGGCCAUGACACUUUCAGUUUUCAAUAGUAUUCAUAUUCAGGUAGUCCUGGACUUGUGUGUUUUGGCUUUUUUAUUUAUUUCUAGUUACAUUUCUAUAUUUGAAUGGAAGAGUAUUAGUGCUGUUCAAAAACCUGCUUCAGUGGCAACACACUGAGUAUCUUAAAAAAAAAAACUUAUGCGCUAUAUAAUCAAGUUGCUUUAAAAGACAACUGGGUUUUGCAGUGCUUUCCCUCUCCAGUUUAUGUGGAUAUUGUAGCUGUGAUACUUUAUCUGCUCUGACCUGUUUUGUUUUGUUUUUUGGAUAUGGACAACCAUCUUGGACACCUCUUUAGUUUGGAAUUGUGUUUAUUGUCUGUAUAUUGCCCUAUAUUGGGCAUUCAAAAUUUGGCUUCCUCAGGAAUGAUUUCCUUUUUGAAGUUGAUGAAUUAUUUUCUAAAGUGUAGAAAAUCAGUCAAAAUAGCUCUGUAGGAAACAUUUUGUAAAAAGGAAAAAUUACCCUUCUCUUAAAUGUUUACUUUUCAGUUUACUUUGCCUGUUGUAUCAAACCACUUUAAAAAGAAACAUUUAAAAUGAAUAUACUUUCCAGUUAUUAUCUGAUCUUUUUGCUAUGCCACCACACAAAUGCUUUGGAUGUUUUAGUACUAGGACAGCAUGACAUUGCAUUGCAAAAAGGAUGGGGCUGCUGGCAGACAGGUAUCUGAAUGUUUGGUGUUUCAGGCACCUUAAAACAGGAAUGCUUAAAAAUCAAGAUUGCAAACCCAAUCUGUGUGGCUUUUAAAGAAUAAGUUUACCAUAAACAGUGGCCAGAAUCUAAAUAGACUAGCAAACCCACUAACUCCAAAAUGCUGAGAGAGCAAGAGAGUGCAGGAUAACUUUCUGACUUGGGGCUCAGGUUACAAAACCCAAUCUUGGGUUUUGGCUGUUUGUAGGCUGCCACUAUUAAACUCAAUACAGUGAAUGGGAAAUUUCAACCAACCACCUGCAUGCCCCUGGUAACUUCUUGAUUGUUCUGGGAAAUAAUUGGGAUCCUUUUCUUGAUAACAGAGAACCAGCUUUAGGUGUACAAAGGCUGAAGCUGCCGGGACCAUAUGGGGAGGCUCCCCCACGCCUCGUGAUCCUGUUCAGUCUUCCUGGGUUCAGAUUUUUGGUCCAAAAUUUGUUGGAUAGUGGCGAUUUGCUAAUUCAGAUAACACAAUGAUAUAGUUAUUGAGAUGCAAACACCUAGGGGCAAGUAUUUGAACUUCGUGUGCUUAAAGCUGUUAUAUAUGGGUAGUCUACAUUCUAAGUAACUGAAAUAAGAAAAACCAUUGAGCAAUUAUUAAUGGAUGGUGUUCCAUCUGUCUUUCCGUCCGCAGGACUGUAUUUCUCCAGCUGUUUAUGCCCCCCACCUCCAAAAGGGACACCACAAUAGACAGUCGCUGUGAAGGGUUUACCCAGAGAAAUGUGUUGUGACAGGUGUUAGUCCCUUUCCAUCUCUUCCUUACCCUAAUGUCAAGAGAAAAAGAAUGCCCACAGCCAUGGAAGUGUUACUGAACUCAUGACUGUUGGUCUUCUGGUCUUAAGAUUUAAAGGCUAGAAAACAACACAGUUGCUGUGUGUUCUAUGUUUCACCAGCUGGUGGCAGUAUUGGCAAUCUCCGCUUGCCCCAAUUAGGGUGACAAAUACAGAUUUCAUGGCUGACCAUGUUUUCUAAUUGAAUGCCCAGUAUCUAACCAUGCUAUCAUAUGGGAAAACUACUAUUUUCAAGCAUUUCUGUUUAUUCUGACCCUCAGUUACAUAUCUGAUUAUUAGUUGUUCUUUAUUUUUUAGAAUAAUCCUUGGUGCCUAAAAGGGUUCUAAACUACCCAACUGUUGGCUGUGUUUUCCAGAUCAGUUUCUUUAGGAUUUGAAAGACACUUAAAAAGGAUGUUCACAGGUUUGUUACUAUAUAAAUUUGGUUCAUUUAUAGGAUAUGUAAAAAUCUAAUUGUAUUAUUUUCUGGGUAACCUUCCUCUACAACCAGUUUUCUAGAAAAAGUUGGAAAUAGGAUAUCUGUGGGAAAGGUCACUGGUACUUUGGUUAUUUAGCCAUAUUCAUUAAACAUCUAUAAAUUGUAUAGUUCGGAUCAUGUAUAACAAGAAGGUUCGGCGAUACUCUGUUUAACACCAAGGGGUAAGAUGAAACACUUAAAGGGGUGUUUUUACUAUUUAUUUUGUACUGUAUAACACUUUGAUUAAAUGCAGUGUGUGCAUUUUGAGACUCUUACUUUGUAAAAGCUAUUACAGAUUCACCAAGAAAGGAAAUUUGUGCUUCCUUCUUGAAUGUUAAAUUAUUUUAUUUUGCAUUUUAUAUGAAUACAAAUUAAAACUGAGCCAUCAAACUGCAAUAAAUCAACAGUAGUGUUUCCAUUUAAAACUUUUGUAUUGUAAAUAGAACUGUUCAAUAAAAUAUUGUCUGUUAUUAAAGAUUAUUUUUAUGGUGUCUGGGAUUCUACCUAGGAAAUAUUUGACAAGUAGAUACAUCAUUGCUUUACAACUAACUAGACCAGUGGUUCCCAACAGGUGGUCCGGGAACCCCCAGGGGUCCGCGAGCUAUGCCAGAGGGGUCCUCAAGAUGCUAUUAGAUGCCAAGCCUCUGGCCCGCCGGAACCGGCGGAACUGCCGCCGCCGGUGCGCGGGCGCCAAGUGAGCCUGGUGGAUCAACCGGGGAGCUGCUGAAGGCCCCCCAGUGACCCCACCGGACCCAGG